AUGCCUACACCCCCUCCACAGAUCAACUCCACCAAGUUUAAAACGUAUUUGAAGAUGGCGCUUUCAAAGUUGAAGUUCCUCCAAGAUAAGAAAACGGCUUUGGUAAAGCAACAACGUCGUCAAAUGGCCGACCUAUUGGGUCAAGGAAAGGAAACCUCCGCUAAAAUACGGGUUGAGAAUAUCAUUCGAGAUGAUAUCUACAUUGAGCUAUUGGAAUACCUUGAGCUUUACUGUGAACUACUUCUUGCUAGAAUAACGAUGUUGGUGGAUCCGGCUCGAACCACCGUGGACAAAAGUUUGAGCGAAUCAGUAGCAUCUUUAGUGUAUUCGGCACCACAUACAGAGCUUAAAGAAUUGGUACAGAUCCGGGAUGUACUUGUUCAUAAAUAUGGCUUUGAAUAUGGUAGGCUGGUAUUGGACAAUUAUGAGACUUUGGUUCCCCGUAAAAUUUGGUCGCGGUGCGUGGUGGAUCCUCCAAGCGAAGAAUUGGUCGACUUAUAUUUAAGCGAGAUUGCCCGUACAUAUCAGGUGCCGUAUUCUGGGCUUAAAGUCGAAGUGACGGCCGAUGAUGACAAUGACGAUUAUCAGAGUGAUGGUGGUGAAGGUGGUGGGUCCAAAGUAUUGAACCCUCCAUUAUCAACAGAAGGGUCUGGACCUGAGGCAUCGACUAAAUCUACCAAAGUUAUUUCGCAAGCGAAGAAGGAGCAAAAUGAAGUAGACAAUCUUCGAGCACGUUUCGCAGCAUUAAAGGGACCAUAA